UCCCUCUGGGACACCAGGGCCAUUUCCUACUAGCAUGUGUUUCACAGGUCUUUCUUUUUUCCUUUCUGAUAUCAGCAGAGUAUUUUAUUCUCACCGUCAUGUCCUAUGACCGCUAUGUUGCCAUCUGCAAGCCCCUGCACUAUGGGAGCCUCCUGGGCAGCAGAGCUUGUGCCCAGAUGGCAGCAGCUGCCUGGGGCAGUGGGGCUCUCUAUGCUCUGCUGCACACUGCCAAUACAUUUUCCCUGCCCCUCUGUGGAGGAAAUACCCUGGACCAGUUCUUCUGUGAGAUCCCCCAGAUCCUGAAGAUCUCCUGCUCACGCUCCUACCUGAGGAGUUUUUGGGUGCUUGUGAUUGGUGUCUGGUUAACGUCCGUGUGCUUUGUUUUCAUUCUUUUUUCUUAUGUGCAGAUCUUCAGGGCUGUGCUGCGGAUGCCCUCAGACCAGGGGCGACACAAAGCCUUUUCCACAUGCCUCCCUCACCUGUUUGUGGUCUCCCUGUUUAUCAGCACCUGCUUCUUUGCCUACCUGAAGCCCCCCUCCAUCUCCUCUCCAUCCCUAAACCUGGUGAUGGCAGUUCUGUACUCAGUGAUGCCUCCAACAUUGAAUCCCCUCAUCUACAGCAUGAGAAACAGGGAGCUCAAGUGGGCUAUUAGGAAAGUGACUUCAUGGAUGUUUCUGAAUAGUGACAAAUUUCCCCUCUUUUUCCAGAAAUGACUUAACUUGGUACCUCCCCUCAAUCCUGGUCCAUCUUUCAUUGUCAAUAUUGUUAUUAUUCUCUUUGGUAUCAUUUGAUUUAUUGCGCUCUUAGAGUAAUAUCUCUUUUUCACCCUACUCCUGCUGGGGAUUGACACUUCUCUGUUUGCUCUUGAGGCUCUACAGAUAUGAGUCCAACAGAAGGUCAGAACUGACUCCUACAUAGGAUCUGCAAAAUAAAAUGGGAUCUCCACAAUG